AUGGCCUUGAACUUGGAAGCCGGUCAAGUCGGUAUUGUCUUGUUCGGUUCUGACAGAGCUGUCAAGGAAGGUGAAACCGUCAAGAGAACUGGUAAGAUUGUCGAAGUUCCAACCGGUCCUGAAUUAUUAGGUCGUGUUGUCGACGGUUUAGGUAACCCAAUUGAUGGUAAGGGACCAUUAAACGCUUCUUCCACUUCUAUGGCCGAAGUUAAGGCUCCAGGUAUUUUACCAAGAACUUCUGUUUUCGAACCAAUGCAAACUGGUUUAAAGUCUGUUGAUGCUUUAGUCCCAGUCGGUAGAGGUCAAAGAGAAUUGAUUAUUGGUGAUCGUCAAACUGGUAAGACCACUGUUGCCUUAGAUACCAUCUUAAACCAAAAGAGAUGGAACGACGGUAAGGAUGAAUCUAAGAAGUUAUACUGUGUUUACGUUGCUAUUGGUCAAAAGAGAUCCACUGUUGCUCAAUUAGUUCAAACCUUAGAACAAAACGAUGCUUUGAAAUACUCCAUCGUUGUUGCCGCUACUGCUUCUGAAGCCGCUCCAUUACAAUUCUUGGCUCCUUUCACUGCCUGUGCUAUUGGUGAAUGGUUCAGAGACAACGGUAGACACGCUUUGAUUGCUUACGAUGAUUUAUCUAAACAAGCCGUUGCUUACCGUCAAUUAUCCUUAUUAUUAAGACGUCCUCCAGGUCGUGAAGCUUACCCAGGUGAUGUUUUCUACUUACAUUCCAGAUUAUUGGAAAGAGCUGCUAAGAUGUCUGAAGCUAACGGUGGUGGUUCUUUAACCGCUUUACCAAUCAUUGAAACCCAAGGUGGUGAUGUCUCUGCUUAUAUUCCAACUAACGUUAUUUCCAUUACCGAUGGUCAAAUUUUCUUGGAAGCUGAAUUAUUCUACAAGGGUAUCAGACCAGCUAUUAAUGUCGGUUUAUCUGUUUCCCGUGUUGGUUCCGCUGCUCAAGUUAAAGCUAUGAAACAAGUUGCUGGUUCAUUAAAAUUGUACUUGGCUCAAUACAGAGAAGUUGCUGCAUUCGCUCAAUUCGGUUCUGAUUUAGAUGCUUCUACUAAGCAAACCUUAAACAGAGGUGAAAGAUUAACCAACAUAUUAAAACAAAAGCAAGCUUCUCCAUUAGCUGCUGAAGAACAAGUUCCAUUAAUUUAUGCUGGUGUUAACGGUUUCUUAGAUGACGUCGCCUUAGACAGAUUAGCUGAAUUCGAAGAAUCUUUCGCAUCUCACUUAAAGUCUAAUGAACCAGAAAUCUUAGCAGCUAUCCGUGAUAAGGGUGAAUUAUCUAAGGAACUCUUAGAAAAGUUGAGAGCCACUACUGAAUCUUUCGUUGCUUCUUUCUAA